AUGAAGGUUGCCCUGAUGGAAAACCAAGGCAUCCUACCACUCACAGAACUGCUCAUCGCCGGCGCGGUUUCCUGUCUGGUUCUGAUGAUCGCAAAGUCCUUCUGGAAGCCCGUCCCACAGGGGCUGAAGAGGGUCCCAGGACCGAGGGGCUACCCUUUGAUUGGCAACAUGCUGGACCUGGGGAAGAACCCCCACCUGGCCUUGACUCAGAUGAGUCAGAAGUACGGGGACGUGAUGCAGAUCCACCUGGGCACCCAGCCCGUGUUGGUGUUGAGUGGGUUGGACACGAUCCGGCAAGCACUGGUGAAGCAGGGGGAAGACUUCAUGGGGCGCCCUGACCUCUACAGCUUCCGGCACAUCGCCGACGGCCAGAGUUUAACUUUCGGCCACGAUUCCGGAGAAGUGUGGCGGGCCGGCCGGAAGCUGGCUCAGAAUGGCUUGAAGACGUUCUCCGCCUCCCCCAGCCCCACCUCAGCUUCCUGCCUGCUGGAGGAGCACGUCUCCAACGAAGCCGACUACCUGAUCGCGAAGUUCCAGGAGCGGAUGGAGGAGGAGAAGAGCUUCGACCCUUACCAGUCCCUGGUGGUCUCGGUGGCCAACGUCAUCUGCGCCAUGUGUUUCGGGAAGCGCUACGGCCACGACGACCAGGAGCUGCUCAGCUUGGUCAACAUGAACAACGAGUUUGGGGACGCGGCGGCUUCGGGGAACCCGGCCGACUUCAUCCCCAUCCUCCAGUAUCUUCCCAACCGGACCAUGGCGGCCUUCAAGGAUAUCAAUAAGCGCUUCACGGCGUUUGUGCUGAAGAUCGUCAGAGAUCAUUACAACAGCUUUGACAAGGAGCACAUCCGAGACAUCACCGAUUCCCUGAUCGAUCACUGCCAAGAUAAAGUGGACGAGAACGCCAACGUCCAGCCCUCGGAUCAAAAGAUUGUCAAUAUUGUCGGUGAUCUCUUCGGUGCAGGUUUCGACACAGUGACCACAGCUCUGUCGUGGUCCCUCGUGUACCUGGUGACCUAUCCGGAAACCCAAAAGAAGAUUCAGGAUGAGAUAGACCAAACCAUUGGCAGGGAAAGGAAGCCCCGGCUCUCUGACCGGUCCAUGCUGCCGUACACAGAAGCCUUUCUGCUAGAGAUGUUCAGACAGUCUUCUUUUUUGCCCUUCACAAUCCCUCAUUGCGCCACUCGGGAAACGGCUCUGAACGGCUUCUACGUCCCUAAAAACAUCUGCGUGUUUGUCAACCAGUGGCAGGUGAACCACGAUGAAAAACUUUGGAAGGACCCUUCUUCUUUCCAGCCGGAACGUUUUCUCACCGUCGACGGGGCCGGCAUAAAUCGAGUGGAGAGCGAGAAGGUUCUGAUUUUUGGUCUGGGGAAGAGGAGGUGCAUCGGCGAAUCCAUCGGCAAGGGGGAAGUCUUCCUUUUCUUGACCACCCUGCUCCAGAAACUAGAAUUCAGUGUGUGCCCCGGACCGAUGGUGGACGUCACUCCUCAGUACGGACUCACGAUGAAACCCAAGAAGUGCGCGCGCUACCAGGUCAGGCAGCGUUUCUAA